CAGCUAUCCUUCUUUCAAUGUUCUCGGAGCGUCCCAAUUUCCAGAGAAACUACUUACCCAUAACCCAAACCCUCGGUCUGCAGAGUAAAACCUAUCCUCCCCACAGCCUCGGAGUGUUCUUCGCUUCUUCACUUCAAGGAGCUGCAGAAAAAGAUCCCAGAUAUACCGGACGAAGGUCUGGAUGCCUACAUGAGGGCGGUGAGACACUACGCCCCGCUGUAUACGAAGAGUCCAAACCUAGGAAAAAUACACGGCUUUGGGUGUAUUCCUCUCAACAACUUCAAGUCGAGGACCCAUGUUGGCGCACGGUUUUACGUUUGCUGCAGGAUGUGCGAGACUUUUUCAAUAUAGUAGGCUUCGAGCCUGUGGCACACGCACUGCUCAAAUGAGACGUGGCUGGGCUCGUAGAUGUCGAUGAACCCUCGUCCGAGAUGGAAAGCAAGCAUUAUUCGGAGUACAGAUAGUUCAACGUUCAACUGUUCAAAAAAUUUGCAGUCGAAAACACAAGCACAAAACGCAUCAAGCUUUUUCACCAGAAAAAGAAAGGUUGGCUGAUUUUGAAAAACGGAAAGUUACAAAAGGAUUUUAGGUCAAUACCCAUAAAUUGGUCAAACGGGUCAAAUUUCAGGUUGGUUUCCCGUACGAAACACGCCGCCCUGGAGGAUAGUCGUUGAUGUAAGAGAAACUCAUAGCGACUCACGUGAAAUCUUUAAACCGCCGGUGUUCGAACCUUGAAGAUUGAAGAGUUGAAGUUCCGAGGCAACGGCAAUUGUAGAAGUGGACGACGCCGAAAGACGCGAUGGAGAUGCGG